CGUCGCUCCUAUUUAAUGACAGCUGUCACUGGUGGUGUUGUCAUUUCAGCCACAGGAGCAUACGAUCGGGCGAAAAUAUAAAUAAACAACGUAAUCUAAAUGGGAUCCUUUUAAAUCCCAACGGAAAGUAUUUCUUGGUUUUCGUUUUUCGAUAAUUUAGCUGUGAUAUUUACAAAUCUCCCGUUGGCUUUCCAAAAGUUAUAGUUGUGGCAUAAACAUGAGUAAAGAAGGAUUCGAUCUUUGCGAAAUAUUCUGGGAACAGUGGAAUAACGAAUUGUCCAUGAGAAGGCUGUUAAAUGUGUUGAGAAAUACGCAGUCUUAUUGCACUGACAAUGAAUGUCUUGAUGAUGGUACCGGAGGACCGAAUCAAAGCAAUCCCGAUCAUUUUCUCUUUCUGACUCUCGCUCUAGUCACCGCAUUGUUUUUGUAUUACUUUCGUCCGAGGCCUCAGGAUAGCCAAAUAAACGCCAAGCCCGACAACAAUCGUAACAAUUCGGGAGGUCCUCCGCCGGGUCAGAGUUCGUCAUCGGAAUAACAAAAUAUCCGCCUUCGAUCUGGAAGUUUAAAAAAAUAUGUAGUUUACACUCGGGUUAACGGUGAACUAUUUCAAUAAAAAUAUAUAUAUAUAUACUUUAGCAAUCUAGUAAUCUUGAUAUAUUAUUAUGUAUAAAUAUAGGGAUAUGUAUAUUUUAAAUUUAUUAUAAUUGUUUCGCA